GGGAAAUGGAGCCUUUAUAAUUAAGGCUUCCUUCUUACGCAUCGGUCUCGUCGUGAAUGGAUAUGCGCUCAGGCAACUUUUACACCGAUCUUUAGUCUGUCAAAAAAGAGCUCUCAAACAACUUUUGAUCGCAUAGGUGAUUUUAGCCUAAGUGAAGGUGGACUGAACGAAACAUGUUCCCAUUGCCAAUGUUCACACCGGAGCAGGUGGCUCGCGUGUGCGAGAACCUGGAAGAGACGGGGGACAUUGAGCGUCUGGGUCGCUUUCUCUGGUCUCUACCGGCUGCUGUACCGGGCUCGUCAGGCGAGGCCCUGAACCGACACGAAUCGGUAAUGCGCGCCAGGGCCCUUGUGGCGUUCCACACGGGGAACUUCGAGGCGCUCUACCAGAUCCUACAGAGCCAUCGCUUUACGCGCGAGUCGCACGCCAAGCUCCAGGACCUGUGGCUGGACGCACACUACCGCGAGGCGGAACGGCUGCGGGGGAGGCCGCUGGGGCCCGUGGAGAAGUAUCGCAUUCGCAAGAAGUUUCCCCUGCCACGCACUAUCUGGGACGGCGAGCAGAAGACGCACUGUUUCAAGGAGAGGACCAGGAGUCUGCUCCGGGAGUGGUACCUGCAGGACCCGUACCCCAACCCGUCCCGAAAGCGCCACCUGGCCCAGGCCACGGGCCUCACGCCCACCCAGGUGGGCAACUGGUUCAAGAACCGCCGGCAGAGGGACCGCGCUGCCUCCGCCAAAAACAGACUGCAGCAGGAUCCGAGCCUCCACCCUUCGGGCAGUUCUCCGGAAUGCUCCUCGCAGGACCACCACCUGUCCUCCCCGCAGCGCGGCCACGGCAGCCCGCUGGCCAGCGACUGCAGCUCGGGCACCGGCCCCCGCGGCACCCGCGCCUCCACACCGGACAUCUCCGUCAGCAGCGACAGCGAGUUUGAGCCCUGAGACGACCCAGCACCACCCACACCCCACGGCCUCCUGUUUACAGGGCCCUUCCCAAAAUCAAGCUUUUCAGGCAGUCUGGGCAGGCGAAGGAAGAUGAAGGAACCCUGUCAUUGGGUCCUUCAAAGACCCAAAGAGGAACCACAGGAGAGAGAGAGGUUCCAGAACCAAAAGAGAGACCCAACCCUCAAAGAGACUGGGGUCUGGUGGUCAGAGAAUUUGUUAUGAACUCUCAUGGAUUUCUUGGUUUCUGUUGAACUCACAAACAUACUCCUACCAGCUCUCUGAUAUUGGGAGAAACUGAAUAUGAUUCAGGGUGAGAUGGAUAAUUACAGAUGAAAAGAACUUAAAACACAAAAGAACUAAAUGCACUUAUUGUAACUUGAUAGGCUUGAGAACUCAUCAAGGAAAUCCAAAACACUCUGUCGCAAUUUCAAAAUGACAUUUUAAAAAACAGCACUACUGUUUCAAAAACAUCUGUUUUGUUGUGAUCAUGUUGUGUCCAUGAAUGUUGUUAUGUAUUAUACAUUUUGAUUUCUACUCUCUUUUGUUUUUGUUAAAGGGAAACUCUAAUAUGAAACAAAAACACCAGACAUGUCGCCAGGCAUCCUUUUAGUCUUAACAGUUUCGAUUUUCACCAGCCUUUAAUGGCCUGCACAACAAAUCUGUUAUCUUAUAUUCCUUAUCAUUAUUCCUCAUCUUAUAUUCCUUAUCUAUCUAUCUCU